CUGACUCAGAGGUUGAACUUAAGAAAACUUCAGUCUAUAUCAACAAAAUAAUAUGUUUGGUAAAGUAAUAAAUACGUCCUAAUGCAGGGAACAGUAAGGAAGACUAAGAGCUAUACUGAAUUUCCACAAUUCAGGAAGGAAGAACAAUCGCUACAGCUUUGGUUUAUGGUGUACUUAGAUUUGCAAACGUGAGUCAGGAAGAAAGUUUGAACUUUCCAACAAGUGGCCAGGUCAUGCUAACGUGUCAUGGGAAGCUGUCACUGAGCCAUUUAUUACAAAAAAGGAUUAGCAGGCAGUGUACAGAAAGAAAAUUGCGUCUUCUACAAUUCAAUAAGCAAAUAAAGACAUUCUACUGAAUUGCAUGCUACUAAUGGCAAUAUACUAUCUUCAACUACAGUGGAUUUUAGUAAAUUCACUGUUUUAAAAUUUUAAUGAAAAAUAUGGGCCUUAUUUCUUCCUGGAACUAAGUGGUUGCCUGUAUGCUAUGCCAGUACAUUUGUAGUCUUAUAAGAUGGGGCAAAACCAGGUUCUGCUGUCUGAUUCAGAUGACAAAUUUGACAGAGUAUGUGACAUUUUUACACAAGCUGUGCUGCAUUCCUGCCAAAAGGUAAAGACCUACUUAGGCUUUGUGGACCCAGAACAAAAGUUGUACGUUCGUACAAGGACUCUGAAUGAAAUAUUCUUAAUGGAUUUUAUAAACUACUGCAAAGAGAAAGGUGCAGAUGACUGGAUUUCCACUUGCAAAAUGACAAAGCAGCAGGAGAUGUUGAUGGGUGUUGACUGGAUCUGGAAUUUGACUGGAUCAGGGAAGAACACGAACAUCCAGAUAGCAGUGCAGACGGUGCAACUCAGUGAAUGCUACAGGAUGACAGAAAUGGAUGAAGACCCCUAUGAGAAAAUCCUGGAAAAAUCAGUUGCAGACCUGGAUAACAGGAAUAAAACAAAGCAUGACAAACUGCUGGAGUUCUGUUCUUCCAUCGGUCAGAACUGCAUGGGACUUUGUAUCAUUUAUGGAGUUCCAGGAAAGCCAAAAGAGAUUAGAGGCAUCAUGAUGCAACACCUAAAACAUUUAAAAGGCAAAACGCGGUGCAUUCGAGAAGAUACCCUCCUACAAUACAUGAAAACAGUAGAUUAUUUCAUAACAACAAGGGAAAUGAUGGAAAAAUAUCUGUUUAAGAAAAGGUCUUCACAGAAUGAUGAUCGAGUGUAUGUUAAUUUUCUCUGA